AAUCAGUACCGUCGUAAGGCUGCAUCUGCAGGUGUCCGGUACUGGUCUGUUGCUGAGCAGUUUCCUAUGAACGACCUUCAGCUUUGGUACAAAGACAGCGUGCAUUUGAGUGACUCUGACGGGAUGCCGAUCUUGGCAAAGGCGUUCUUUUCUGCUGCACAUGACCACCUGCUGAGCAAGGUGCUGGAUCCUGUUUCUACCAAGAAGCCAGAUGUUUCUCCAAAGACAUCGCCUCCUGCUCGCAGGAUCUCGCCGAAGGUGGUCGUGAAGGGAGAGGUCCGCCGCAUGCCACGCCGACCAGGCCCUUCUGAGUGGACAUUUGUUGGAUGUGGCAAGAAGAGACAUCAUUUGGGGAAACCAGAGCAGUCUUGCGGUGCACCCAAGAGGAGGCUUGUUCAUCAGCAGGUUGUCAAAGAAUGUUCUGUACGUCUCUGGAGGUUCAGCAGUGCCAUCUUGGAUGCCAUGGAUGCUGUUCCAUCGCAUCUUCCAAGCCCAGCAGCGUGCCCAGCAGUUGUUUCACAAUGCAGAAAGGAACGACGCAUGGGACGACCCCAGAAGGCAGUUUUAGACAAGACCGUGACAGAGCAGCAGGUGGACACACCUAGUGUUGCAAACAUCCCUGUGGAGCCAUCAGAGACGGUGGCUGUGAAUGCAGAGGUGCCAAUCCCCCAGGCUGUGCAACUCUCCUCAAUGCCAACAUCACCUUCCAGGGCUUUGCAAGUGGAUAUGAGAGAGAGUGACCACCUUAAGGGCUGCACACAAAGAAACAUCAAAGGUCAGACUGGUUCUAAUCCUAAUGAGUGCAUCUGUGCAAACAAACGGCAAACGGCUGUUGUGGCUGGGACUGUUUUCAGCAAAGCAGAUGGACAGUCUAAUGUGAACAUAGGUCUUGCACGUAGUGUUGUUGCUGCAAUCAAACAUGUGAUUACUCCUGUAUGCACAUGGAAGGGGUCAGAGGUUGAUGGCAUACGUGUAGAAAGUAUGAAAUUGGAAAUGGCAAGCCAUCAAAGUAAUGUAGCAGAGGAACAACUGUGCACGUUGCUAAAACAGAGUGCUGUGUUUGGCAUUAGCUGGGCAGUUGAUGUGGGCGAGCCGGAGUACAAUAACUGUGAGACUGUGCUGUUGAGAAAAAUGGAAGAACUAUUAGAUGGAGAUAGAAUGUGUCUUUUGAACCUUGAUAGUGCAGUUAUUACUGUUAUUCAACACGGCAAGUUUUUUGUAGUAGUUGAUUGUGGCGUACGUGAUGCCGGGUCCGGGUUGGCAUCUGUUUAUGGCACGCCUGUGGCCGUUUUCAACACAUGUAUGGCAGACCUGAUGUAUCACAUUAGGGAUCUAAAAGAGUCUUUAAACGCUGGGUAGUGGGGUAUUCACAGCCUUUCAGUUCAGUACCAAACUGAUACUGACAUGGAGUGUGCUACUGGGUUUACAGAGAGUGUAGACAAACAUUCUGUCAGUUGUGAUGGUGACAGUGGCGACAGGAAUGUUGCAACUGAUGUUGAGGCAGGCAGUUCUGGUAGGCUUGAUAACGGUGUAAUGGGAUCAUUUCACCAGGGGGAUGAGAGGUUUACAUUUGGAGGAGUUCAGUGCAUGGCAAUGGCGUUGGUAAGUUUAGCAAAACAUACCAGAGAGAGUGUCUUCUCAUGGCAGACAACAGAUCUGGACUCAGUGUUGCUUUCAGGUGACCAGUUGUACACUCGUUUGAGAGAAAGUGACGCGAUCAGCAGCACGUCUAGUCUGUUGUGUGUCAAUGACUUGCCUAAGCAGGACGAAAUCGAUGGACAUAAUUUUCAAUUUAGUUAUGAUGAUGACUUUGUGAUAGGACAUGUAGAUGUGGUUUAAGGUUUACUGAUUGAAAAUCGUACCCUCACCACUCUUUCUAGUGGACUGGAGCAGAUAUUUUCAAAAUACACCACAUGUCUUCUGACGUUGUGUGGCAAUACGUGUGCAAUCAUUAAGGGAAAUGGACAGUAUGCAGUGGUUGACUCGCAUGCACGCAAUGCUAGUGGCAUGGUUGAUGGAGAUGGAAGGAGUGUUUUGUAUUUUGAUUCAAUGGACGAUGUAUACGAGCACAUUUGUCGUCUGUCAGAGGGGUUUGGCAAUCAGCAAAAGCUUUUUGAAAUAAGUGGUGUUUGUGUCACUGAGACACCCCUGAACUCUAGUAUUGAAGGAGCAGCCAAUAAUGUCACAGUAGCCAAGUGCAAGAUGUCUGUAGGAAGUUGUGCUUCAAAGAAAUUGAUAACCCAUGAUGUCACUGGUGUUAAUUCAGAUGUUGAGUUUGUCAGUGAUGUGACAAAACCUGCAGUUUGCUCCUAUUUGUAAAGAGGUUGGUCAGGCUUUAUGCUUACAGUUAAAUGUUGCGUUUAAAAACACUGAUGCACCAGUGUCUACAGCUGUUGGUGCGUUAGGCACUCUGUGUAAAAAUCACAAAAUUGUGGCUGAUGGCAACUGUUUCUUUAGAGCAGUCUCCCAAGCUGUGAGUGGCUCAGAAAGGCACCACGGAUAAGUGAGGUUUGCUGUUAGGCAUUUACAAAGCAAUGUAAUGACAUAUAAGAAUAUAUUAAGAGAUGCAUAUUCGUCAGUGGCAGAGUACAUAAGUACUUUAAAGAUGCAUAAGCUUGGUAGUUGGGCAACUGAGGUUGAAAUUCAAGCGGCAGCCAAUGUUUUAGGUGUCAAUAUUUUCACAUAUGUUCAAGACAGAUGGUUGCAGGAAUAACUGUUUCUCAAACCAGGGGAUCUACUUGGAGAACUGCAAUAAUAACCAUUAUGAGACAGUUCUGUGUGUCAAUCAGCCUCAGUUGCAGAGCUGUUAUGGCUUCUGCAAAAGGUUAACUUCUGCAAGCUACAAUUUGAGGAAACGUAGUAAAGUGAAAGACGAUAGAACACAUCAACAACAGCAUAGUAACGUGCAGAAUGAAACAUCCUCCUACUUGAAGAGGAAACAGAAAUUACAAAAGAAAAUGAAAUAUCACAACAAUGAGUUGCAUAGAGAGAAAAUGAAGGCAUUUAGUAAAAGUAAGUACUGUGAAAAUGAAUUUCACAAGCAAAAUGUAAAAGCCAUGAGUACAAAGAAGUAUAGAAAUCCAGAGCAUAAGAAGCUUGUUAUAGCAGGUAACAAAUUAAGGAUGAAAAUUCAGAGCAGUUUGAUUUUGUGACGGAGCAGUUAUUGGAAAAAGUUAAAAAUGGGCCAGAUUUUGUGUUGUUUGUCAUAGAUUGUUGUUUAAACAUCAGGUUGUACAUUGUAAAAGAGAUGAUUAUAAAAACAGUACAGCAAUUGCAGAUGCAUGUAUAAGUGAAAAAUAUUUACACAAAUGUAAUAAGGAUUGCGUAAUGCCAUGUCAAUGGUUGGGUACAGCAAGAGGUCAGCUGUGGAUUUGUUGCACUUGUCAUUUUAAGAUUAAUAGAGGUGAAAUGCCACCUGAAUGUGCAAUAAACAAUUUGGCAGUUCAUCCCAUUCUGGCACAGUUGGAGUGUUUGAAUAGCUUAGAACAACAUUUGAUUGCUUUGAAUAUACCAUUUAUGAAAAUGUUGGCAUUACCUAAAGGUGGCCAAAGUAGAGUACAUGGACAUGGACAUGUGUUCCAGCAAAUAUUGUGCAGACUAACAAUUUACUUCCACAUUCUGACAUGGAAGGAUCUUUGUUGGCUGUUAAAUUGAAGCGUAAACUAACAUGAAAGGGGCAUUAUGAAUAUCAAUUUGUUAACACUAUGCGCAUAAAGCAAGCGUUGCAAUAUUUAAAACAGACAAAUGUACAUUAUAAAGAUGUAGAGUUUAAUGAAGCUUGGCUAAAUGGGUUUAGUAGGGAACAAGAUGAAGAGGUUUUAGGAAAGGAGAGUGAAACAAAUGUAGAGAGUGGUGAAGCAUCUACAGAUGUUGGUGAAGAUGAGCAUUUGCAUGAUAGGCAGCAACAUUGUAUGUUUCAGGUCAUGUGUCUCAUGCCUCUUGACAUUGGUCAAGAAGUGCUUGAUCAAUAUGUUGAUGAUGUUUUGAAUGUGGCACCAGCAGAAGGGAGUAAUCCUGUGAAAUUGCUAUCUGAUCAUGAAAACGAAGCCAAAUGCUUCACAGUGUUGUUUCCACAGGGAUGGUCCACAUACCAUGCUAGUAGACAGUAUCGCUUGACAUUGUCGCGUUGUUUUAAUAACAGGAUUUUACAUGUUGAUGGUAGAUUUUCACAAAAUGUUGAGUACAUCUUUUUUGCUCAGUACAUGUCUGAGGUUGAAAAAGUUGUGUCAAACGUAUCCAUAGCAUUACGGAAAGGACAAGGAGGUAGUAAAGGUCAAAAGGUUAGCAAUGAUGUGUUGAACAAUGAAGAAUCUUUAAAAAAGUUGUUGGAAUUUGAUAAUGGCUAUCGUUUUCUUAAACCUAUUAGAGGUACCCCAUCUUUUUGGCAGGGAGCACAGCGUGACUUGUUGGCUUGUGUUCGUCAGCUUGGUGUCCCUACAUGGUUCUGUUCGUUUUCUUCUGCUGAUAUGCGUUGGAAAAAUCUUCUGUAUAGUAUUUUGAAACGGGAAGGUAGAACGCAGACAGUUAAGGAUUUAGAAUUUUACAUCGCAAUCCCGUCACUGCAGCGAGUGUUUGAUUUUCGCUGGCAUUGUUUUUUGAAGGCGGUACUCAUGUCUCCAUCUCAUCCAAUCGGGAAAAUAAAGGGCUACUUUUAUAGGGUGGAAUUCCAGCAACGUGGUUCACCACAUGUCCACUGUCUAUUUUGGAUUGAGAAUGCCCCAUUAAUUGAUAAAAAACACAGAUGCUGAGGUAAUUGAAUUUGUUGAUAAAUAUGUAACAUGUGAAUUACCAUCACAAGAUGAGCCCUUAAAAGACAUUGUGACAUCUGUGCAACAGCAUUCAAAAACGUGUAAAAAGAAUAAAACUGUUUGCCUUUUCGGUUUUCCCAGGCCGGCAUCAGCUCGAACAUUUACUGUAUAUGUCGUGAAGAUGAUGAUAAGAAAAUGUGCACGUGUAAGGUAGAUGACACCAAUAGGACGGCACAUUGUGAAUGCAAGAAUGAGGAGCAGGAAAAAACUGAGAAAAUGAAGAGAGUAUGCAUCUAAAAUUCUGACAGCAGUUGAGGAGGCUCUUUCAGAUGAUCAUGCUAGUUUUGCUUCUGUGGAAGAGUUGUUCAGACAUUUAGGUAUUAAUCAAACUAUCUUUGAGAAGGCAUAUAAGCGGUUCUGUAGGAAAACACAUGUGUUAAAAAGGCAGGCCAAUGAGGUUUGGAUUAAUCAAUAUAGCAAACCACUGUUAAAAUGUUGGAAUGCUAAUAUUGACAUACAAUAUGUUGUUGAUGCAUGUGUAGUGUACAUCACUUCUUAUAUUUCAAAGUCAGAAAAAGAGAUGGGACUAUUGUUGGGGAAUGCACAAAGGGAAGCAGCUAAGGAAGGAAAUGCUAGUGCAAAAGAUGCAUUGAAGAAUUUAGGGCGUGUGUAUUUACACAACAGAGAUGUGUGUGCUCAAGAGGCUGUAUAUAGGUUAACAAACAUGCAUCUGAAGGAAUGUUCAAGGAAAGUUGUUUUUGUGCCAGUAGGGGAUAAUGUUGUUAAAAUGAGUUUGCCUUUACGUGUGUUAAAACAAAAGGCAGCAUCAGGUAAUCUUACCACAGAAGACAUGUGGAUGCCUAGUGGUGUUGAUAGAUACAAGAAUAGGCCAAACGAUGGUAGUUUUAAUGACAUGCGUAUUGUAACAUUUGCAUCAGAGUAUCGUAUUCUGUCUAAAAACGAGAAGUCUGCAAAUCGGAUUAAACUAAACAAUGAUUUUUGUUUUGAAAAGAACACGUUCACAACCUGCAGUUAUGCGUUAUGUGCGCUUUUCAGAGACAAAAAACCCUGAACUUUUCUAUCAGAGUAUUCUGCAAUUGCUUAUGCUGUAUCGUAAAGAUGUGCAGCUCAAACCACCAGGUUUUGAGACAUAAUCAGCAGUUUUACAGUGGUGGUAGUGUGAGAUUAGCUGAUGGAUUGCUACAUUUGGUGAAGUCAGUUGUUGAUUUAAAUAGAAGCAAAUUCGAACAUGAUGCAGAUGAGUUGGAUACUAUCCAAAAUGCAGCUGAUAAUGAUAGUGUUUUAGAAGAUGCCUGGUGUGAGCUGUGCCCAGAGCAAGAAUUGGAGCGUUUAGAGUGCAACCAGCUAUGCAGAGAUGAGGAACAGGUAGUGGAUGAGCAGAUAGAAAAUAUUCCUGAUUUAGGAGUGAAUAGGGAGCAAGUUGCACAUUUAGAAAAGAGAAAUAACAUCAUGUGCAGGAGUGAUGGUCUGGCAUUAAUUCGAUCUCUUAAUGAGCCACAGAUGUGUAUUUUCUAUGAGAUUAGAAAUUGGUGUUUACAAAAGGUAAUGGGGGGGGGGAGCCAGACCCAUUACGUGUUUUCAUUACAGGUGGUGCAGGGACAGGUAAAAGCCAUUUAAUAAAGGCUAUUCAGUACGAGGCAAUGAGGUUGUUGUCAACAAUCUGUCGUCAUCCUGGUGACAUUUGUGUUUUAUUAACUGCUCCUACAGGGAUAGCUGCAUAUAAUUUACAUGCAGCUACUAUUCACAGCACAUUUAGCAUUGGGAAAGAUGUACACUUGCCUUACACGCCGUUGGGUGAAGAAAAGCUUAAUUCUCUACGUGCUGAAUAUAGUAGCUUGCAGAUUUUGAUCAUUGAUGAAAUCUCCAUGGUUGAUCAUAAACUGUUAGCUUAUAUCCAUGGAAGACUGCAACAGAUUAAACAAUCUGGUGAUUCCCCAUUUGGAAAUGUUAGUGUGCUUGCUGUUGGAGAUUUUUUUCCAGUUGCCUCCAGUGAAGGGCAAACCCUUGUAUGUCGAAAAUGUUGGUGUAGAUUUGUGGUCUAGCCUAUUUAAAGUGGUGGAAUUAAAAAGUAUUGUUCGACAAAAAGAUCAUGUAUUUGCCGAGUUGCUAAACCGACUAAGAAUACGUUCAAAAGGGACCCCAAUGCAAGACAAUGACAUUGAGAUAUUAAAGCGUUGUGAAAUGGGUGAAGUUGGCUCAGCUUUACACAUAUUUCCUACAAAUAGGCAAGUAAAUGAGCAUAAUGUUGUGCAGCUUCUUAACAUGUGUCCUGAACAUGUACAGAUAAACGCACAGGACUUUGUAAAUAGUAAGAAAACAGGCAAGCUUGAGUUGAUGAAAGGACAUCAUGCCAAAGCAUAUGAUACAUGUUUGGCUGAAACGCUGCUUUUGGGCGUAGAUGCCCGUGUAAUGUUGUGUAAGAAUGUAGACCUAAUGGAUGGUCUGGUUAAUGGGGUAUGUGGCACCGUAACUCAUAUAGUGUAUGGCAAUGACAAUAAUACGUUUCCUCAAACUGUGUAUGUCAAAUUUGAUGACAAAGAAGUUGGUGCACAGAGGACACGCUGUGGUAAUGCGUCAGCAGUUGCAGUGGGUUCUACUGGUAUUGAACCAGAAGAGGAAAGGGUAACUAAGAAAGGUGGAUUGCGGCGUCAGUUCGCACUUAAACUUGCUUGGGCUUGUACAGUGCAUAAAGUGCAAGGCCUUACUGUUGAUAGUGCUGUAGUUUGUCUUAAAAAAAUAUUUUCUGCAGGACAGGCAUAUGUGGCAUUGAGUCGUUUCAGAAGUUUGUCUGGGUUGGUAAUUCAAGAUUUUGAAGAUAAAACCAUAUAUUGUAAGGACAACAUUAAUGAUGCAAUUCAGAGUAUGGACCCAUUCUUGAUGAAAAAUCCAAUGAGCCACAUUUUGAAUACACAUACGUUUACUGUGUUUUUGAUGACUGUGCAGAAUUUGACUCUGCAUUGUGUGUGUACGCAUUUGCGGCUUAACUGUAUUGCUGUUACAGAAACAUGGUUACCUGCUGAUUCCUCAUAUCACUCUGUCAACAUCAAUGGUUAUACAUUUGAUAGUUCUCCCCGAAGUUCGUCUUACAGCAGCAGCAACCCCGCAUUGGUUGAUUUGCAAGGCCAACAACAUGGUGGUGUUGGCAUGUAUAGUGCAGACAGUUUGAAAUUAAACAUGCUGAAAGUACCAGAUGUAAAUUUAGAAUGUUUAGUGUACAACUGUCUGCCUUACAACAUACUUACAGCAGUUAUUUACAGGCUUUAUCCCAUGGCUUUGUUUAAAGAAUAUCUAGGGAAGUUACUUGAUUGGCUAGAUCCAAGAAGUAACACAAUUGCUGUUAUGGGAGAUUUUAAUGAUGACAUUCGUAAAUCAUUAACAAUCUGCAAAUUUAUUACAGACAAAGGUUAUGUUCAGCUUCUCAAAACACCCACAACAGAGAGAGGCACAUUAAUUGAUCGUGUGUAUGUUAAAACACAUUAUCAAGUAGAAUCAAUAGUGUUACCAACAUACUUUAGUGAUCAUGAGGGGAUUGUAUGUUCUUUUCAAUGUACAACUGAUGAUGACUUGUAACAGCUGCAAGUUCAGCUUACUUGGCAACAGAGGUGAAGAGGUUUCUCGUAACCAUAAUUGGAAGCCACAAGCGGCUGAACUGGGAAAGCUGCAGUCAUAAAAUUUAGACAGGGGUGUGGUUUAGAUAGAAAAAAAAAAAAAAAAAAAAAAAAA